GGAAACGGAAGUGGCUAAUUUUUGUGCGCAUGGGCAAAUGGAUCGAGACGUUGCAGUCGACCAAGAUGGCGGACUGAACGUCUGCGGCUUCCUGUCUACAAGUUGACUUUGGAGCGACGGAGUGUGACCUGAAGUGAAGAUUGAAGACGUGAUAGAAGAUGGACGACUACUGCUAUGCUAAGAUGGCGACGUCAUGUCAAAGAGAAAGUGAAAGACAAUCAGAAACUUCCAGCAAAUCACCAACGGAGAUAAAGACCAAAUAUGAAGGCGUCCAGCAGCUGAUUGGUCCUCCAGAGGAACUUUCCCCGCAGCCGCAGGUUGGGGGCUCCACAUUUAAGCAGGAGGGUUCAUGGCCCCUCUGCAUUAAAGAGGAAGAAGAGGAGGCGCAACCCCCCUGCAUCGAAGAAGAAGAAGAGGUGACGCAACCCCCCCACAUUAAAAAGGAAGAGGAAGAACUCUGGAUCACUCAGGAGGGAGAGAGUCUUCUAGGACGAGAGGAAGCUGGUCUCACUAAGUCACCACUGACUGAAGAUGAUGAAGAGAAACCACAACCGGACCACCUCUUAGCUCCACUAUCAGAUAGUGAGGCUGAAGACGAGGUUGAAGUAACUUUGAGCAGCGAUACAGACUGUGAAGGUGAUAUGAGGACUCACACUGACAACAAACACUCUAAAUGCUCUUCAAAGAAGAGAGGUUUACAACAUUUGAGCUGCUCAGUUUGUGGUCAAAGUUUUACUCAAAAAAGCCAUUUGACUGAACACAUGAGAACACACACAGGAGAAAAAACAUUUAAUAGUUCAGUUUGUGGUACAUUUUUUCCUAGAAAGAGUCUUUUGACUCCACACAUGAGAGCGCACACUCUAGAAAAAACAUUUAAAUGUUCCGUUUGCGGUCAAGCAUUUUCUAGAAAGAGCCUUCUGACUCCACACAUGAGAACGCACACAGGAGAAAAACCUUUUAAUUGUUCACUUUGUCGUAAAGGCUUUUGUCGGAAGAGCUUUUUGACCGAACACAUGAGAACUCACACAGGGGAAAAACCAUUUAAUUGUUCAGCGUGCGGUAAAGGCUUUUCCCGAAAGAGCCUUUUGACCCGACACGUGACCACACACACGGGAGAAAAACCAUUUAAUUGUUCUAUGUGUGGGACUAGCUUUUCUCGAAAAGGCCUUUUGACUCGACACAUGAGAACGCACACAGGCGAAAAAUCAUUUAAUUGUUCAGUAUGUGGUAAAAAAAUGUCUCAAAAGACCCACUUGACAAACCACAUGAGAAUGCACGCGGGAGAAAAAAAAUCUAAUUGUUCAGUGUGCAGUAAAAGCUUUUCUCGAAAGAGCAGUUUGACUGGACACAUGAGGAUGCACACAGGGGAAAAACCAUUCAGUUGCCAAGUUUGUGGCAAAAGCUUUUCUCUCAAGACCUAUUUGACAGCACACAUGAGAACACACGAAGAGGAAAAUAAAGUGAAUUGUUCAGUUUGUAGGAAAAGCUUUUCUCUCAAGAUCUAUUUGACCAAACACAUGAGAACGCACACAGGAGAAAAAACAUUUCAUUGUUCAGUUUGUGGCAAAAGCUUUGCUCGCCAGAACCAUCUGACUGGACACACGAGAACGCACACUGGAGAAAAACCAUUUAAUUGUUCCGUGUGUUCAAAAAGCUUUUCUCUCAAGACCCUUUUGAAGGCACACAUGAGAACACACACAGGAGAAAAAACAUACAAGUGUUCAGUGUGUGGUAAAAGCUUUUUUUACAGGCAAGGUGUGACGCGGCACAUGAUGAAACACACCGUGGAAAAACACUUGUAGGUGUUCGACAUACAGUAUGAGAUACAAAUGUUAAGACACAAUGAAGUUUCUCAGUGUGAACAUGGAAUAUCUUGUCUUUGCACUCUAAGAAAUUGAAUAUAAGUUGGAAAA